UCACGUGUGAUGGCACUGGAUAGGGCAAACAUUAUUUUAAUGCCUUUGCCACAAGCGGUGACAUACCUUUUUCAAUUUUUUCAUAACAUUUUUCAAUCAACAUAUUAACAUCGUUAAGUAAAAAGGAAUGCAAAGCUUAACAACAUGGAAGGGAAGUAUAUAAACAUAAAGACUUUCGUGUUCGGCUUGUCCAUGAUUGCAAUCACCGUAGUUUCACAAAAUGGAACCGUGAUUUUCACGAGUAACCAAGUCUGUACAAACUGUUGGAAUGGACACACGUGCGUCACGCAUUACAAUACGUCAAAUGUCACGUGGCCUGUGACCCUUGCAAGCGACUGUUGGAAUAUUUGUAAUGAUAUUGAAGACUGCUAUGCUGCCACAUUAGCUGGAAAAAGCUACUGCAGAUUAUAUAACUGUACAAACUUUAUGCAAAAAACAGGCGCAUAUUCGUACAGAAAAACGAAUAACAAUGAUUGCCUGGAGUUUGAAAUUUAUGUUCACACUGGAUAUAGGGCAAGUUGUUCCGCAUUAUCCACAGUGAGUAACGUUUAUACCAAGGCUUACUGUCUAGAACUAUGUCUAGAAACGUUUUCUUGUAGAGGUGCGUCUUACAACAGUGGAACUAAGGAAUGUAACUUACACGGCAGCUCAUGCUCAGGAAAGGAACCGUUUACCAACUCUACAUUCACUGAAAUACAUUGUUUAAGCGAUCUACCAGCUUGUAUACGAAAUUCCCUUCAAGAAUGCGUGAACUGCAGGACUGCUGAUCCAUAUUGCGCAAAAUUUUCAAUCGCUUUCCAGUUUCUUAAGCCUCUUACCUACGACAUAUCAACCGACCUAGUAGGCAAUACAAUUAUAAAUCAGAUGUGGUAUGCCCCGUGGUAUAGUCAUUAUUAUGGAUUCGAGUGUACAUUCGUAGAUCAAUCAAUCGGUAGAACGGUCUUUCGGAAAUCUAACACAACAGAUUGUCCUAAAUUUGAACUACUAACAUUAAAAAAACACAGAGGUACCUGCCCAGAAAUGAAGACGUUAUCCGGAGGUGUUGAUAUGGUGUUUUGUAUGGACAAAUGUCUUGACAUGACUAAUUGCAGAGGUGUAAGCUUCCAUGCUUCUUCAGAAAGCUGUAUAUUCCAUAACUGCACUGACUACACAGAGGAUUCUAAGUUUCAGUUUAUUUCACGGCGAUGUAUAGAUGGACCAGAAUGUUCACCAGCUGACAAAAUUAUUCAAACAUGCAUUGGUUGUGAGGCAGGGCCACACCGUCAUAAGGCAUAUAUCUCUGAUGGUGGAAAAGCAUUUUUUUCAACCUGUCUUGAUAUUAAGGAGUCAGAUAGCGAAAGUGUAGUUGUUACUUAUAACAGAUCUGAAAGUGAGUGUAACAGAUAUCAGAGUUUUUUUGUACGUCAAAAGAUGGGAAGUAUAUCGUACAGGGCUUCAUGUAAUACUGACUGUCCAAAAUUCGAGAUAUUCCAAUUAAGUGAUUAUGGUGGAACGUGUAAGAUUAUACACAGUGAAGAGGGUGGUUUAAGUAUUAACUACUGUUUAAAGAAAUGUGUGGACAUGAACUUGUGUAGAGGUACAACGUUUAAUGCUACAACAGGAAGAUGUGAUUAUCACAAUUGUACGGAUCAUAUUGAAACACCUGGUCUCGAGUUCUUGUGGAAAAGAUGCAUUUAUGACGAACCUCCACCACGUGACCAUCAACAAAUCUGUGUUGGCUGUAACGUAAACUGGGUUUGUCAGAUGUCUGUGAAUGAGAUACUUGUAUCUACCUGGCAGGAAUGUCAAGCUCAUUUUAAUAACACUGGUGACAUUGCUGAUCUGUUUAUGUAUGAUGGAAGCACAUUCACGUGCGCUCUAAUUAACUGCACUUUGGUGGAACAAGAUGAAGACAUGUACCGCGUUGUAUUCCGUCGUUCACCUACUUCCGAUUGUCCGAUAUUUAGGUUACUUACAUUGUACGGGUAUAAUGGAACAUGUCCUGUGUUAGGAUACGACGAGGGUGGAGUUGAUCUUGCAUAUUGUAUAGAUAAAUGCUUGGAUAUUGAUCAGUGCCGGUCUGUGAGCUACGAUGACGACCUACUCCGCUGUUGGUACCACUCCUGUACAGAUAAAUCCGAAGCUCUUAGUCACACAUUUGUGAAGAGGGAAUGUAUCUUAUACGAAGAUUUUGAUCCAAUCAAAGACCAGAUACAGACAUGUAAGAAUUGUCAGAAUAUGUGCUCUUUAUCAAUGUCAAACCAGACCAACCGAGUGUUGUAUACUGAUUGUGAUACCACGUGUUCCGAUUGUGAAAAUAUCAUGUACGAGCCACACUCGCACCAGUGUCUGCAGUAUCAAUGUGACAGACCUUAUAUCCAGGGACCAGGUACAACUAUGAUGCGAAAAACUACGAAUCCGGAAUGUCGCAAUUUUGAAGUGAUAACUAAAUUGAUGACAGUUCCAAACUGUACAGCUUUCGAAUAUGACGAAGGAGUUGCUAACGAGGAGUUUUGUCUAAAGCGUUGCAUGGACUUACCAGGUUGUCUAUCGCUUCUCUUUAGCCUUAAUACCAGGAACUGUACUUAUCACGCAUGCGCAGACUUUGUAACGGACGACAACUCUGUUGAUGUCCUCUUUAUAAAGGAUUGUCUAACAGAAAACGCUUGCUCUUCCCCGGUGGAACAGAUUUGCAUGAAUUGCCAAGCGGGAUCACUCUGUCAGUCCUCUUUCCAGUUUUCUAACACGACUGAAUCAUCGUGCCUGGCUUCCAGUAAUUCGGAAACUCAGUGUGAAGGGAUAUCGUACAACCCUAGUGAUAUGAUAUGCGAAUUCUUCCAAUGUUCAUAUGUUAGUCAGCAAUACAGAUCAACAUUCUACCGAGACUCUUGUAAUAAUGAUUGCAAUAUUUUCGAAAUUUACACAUUAGAAGGGUAUUUGGGGACAUGUGAUACAAUACCAUCAAUGACAGAGUAUAUGGUGUUGUAUCCAGAGAUAUGCUAUGAAAGAUGUUUGGACAAUGACAAUUGCCGAGCAGUUACAUAUUUGGAGUCGAAAGAAAUAUGUUUGUAUCAUACCUGUGACUGUUACACUGGUAGAGAUGCCAGGCCUGGCGAUAUUUUCAUGUGGAAGUAUUGUUUAGACUAUAUGUCAGCAGCCUCCAAUCUUCCUUUAUUAAAUUCUUCCACUAAUCAUACCAGCAAAGAUCUCUCGGAAAUCUACCCGACAGCGACUGACUGCGAGCCACCUCCAAUCUUCAUCAUGGCAUGUCAAUGCAGUACAGGAGCUUUUGAUGACUUGACAAAUGAACAGAUUGUCACCCAGUUUAUUGAAACCCUUGAGAUAGAUAAAGAUUCGACGUCGAAAGCUUACCGAAAACUCAAUUCAGCUGUAGAUAAUCGACCAGAAUCUAUAGCUAUUGGAUCGUUAGGGGUUAUAGUUUUAACAAGUGCCAUAGUAAUCAUUGUAGUAAUGGAUUUUCCGAAAACGUUGAGGCUCUUCCGACGUAUGUAUAGGAGGUUAUCAAGAUGCAAGAAGAAAACAUCUAAGGUUAUUUGCUCUUCGGUUUCCAUUGAUUCCCUAAAACACUUUUACGCUGAGGAUUUUGACGAUCUUAUUGAAAUUCAAAAGAAAAAAGACAGGAGUCAACCUGCACGUUCGAAUAAGUGAGGCUUUUCCAAACAAUAGGAAAAUGAUUAUGUAUUUAAAUAAUCAGGCACACUGUUUGAUUAUAACCAUAGCUUAUAAAGCACACUAUGAAAGUUACUUAAAUGUAGCAAUUUGUUUUACACGUUUGAGACUCUUAGGUAAAAUUCUACGUUUAACAAUAUAGCGGUGUUGUAAUCCAUUGCUAAAAAUAAUGCGAAUUUGUGUAAUAUUUUAGAUUCAAUGAAAUGCAAUGCUGGAAAAAAACA